AUACACAAUCUCUCUUCCCCUUCUUUCCUCGUUUUCAGAUUCGCCUAAACCCUAGAAACUCCCACUCUCUCUCUCUCUCUCUCUCUUCGUGUGUGUCUCUCAGAUCUGAAGAAAAUGGCAUCAAGCGAUCAAACGGUGUUGCAAUUUACCCCAUCGUCGACGAGCUUUUCAGCGAAGGUUCAUCCUCUGGUGAUUUUCAACAUCUGCGACUGCUAUGUGAGACGACCAGACCAAGCGGAGAGAGUAAUCGGUACUCUGCUCGGCUCGGUAUUGCCCGACGGCACCGUCGACAUACGAAACUCCUAUGCCGUCCCACACAACGAGUCAUCUGAUCAGGUUGCAUUGGAUAUUGAUUACCAUCAGAAUAUGUUGUCAUCCCACCAGAAGGUGAAUCCGAAGGAAGUGAUUGUUGGAUGGUUUUCAACUGGCUUUGGAGUCUCAGGCGGUAGCGCUUUGAUCCAUGACUUUUACUCCAGAGAAGUUCGUAACCCUGUUCAUCUAACUAUCGACACAGAAUUCAAAAGCGAAGAGGCUUCAGUAAAGGGGUUUGUCUCUGUUAGCCUGUCUCUUGAAGAUCAACAACUAGCUGCACAAUUCCAGGAAAUUCCUUUGGACCUACGCAUGGUUGAAGCUGAGCGGGUUGGAUUUGACAUCCUCAAGACAACAACGGUUGACAAACUCCCUAAUGAUUUGGAAGGAAUGGAAGCCUCAAUGGAACGGUUACUAGCUUUAAUUGAUGACGUCUACAAUUAUGUUGACGAUGUUGUGGAAGGACAUGUUGCACCAGAUAAUAAUAUUGGGAGAUGUAUAGCAAAUUCUGUAGCCUCCAUUCCCAAAUUAUCACCACAAGCUUUUGAUAAGCUCGUGAAUGAUAGCCAACAGGACCAACUACUCUUGCUCUAUUUGUCAAGCAUCACCCGAACACAGCUCAGCUUGGCGGAAAAGUUGAACACCGCUGCUCAGAUUCUGUAGGUGAUAUCUACCAUCUCUUUUCAAGAGGAAAAUGUAUGGCCCAGGUGGUUUUUUUUUUAAAAUGUGGUCAAUUUAGUAAGUUAUGCCCUUAUAUGAGAAUUGUGCUAAUUUUUUUGGUCCUAGAGAAAUUGUUGUAGUGUAUUUGAGAUUUUUUGGCAUUAGUUGGUUGUCGUUCACCAUCCAAAUUGUUUUGUGUUGGGUUAAAUGCUAUGAAGAAACCACAUAAAAUCUCUCAGAAUUUGAUGGUUCGAGAGGGCCUUUGUUUAAUUUUUCUUUGGAAUUAUGGGAAUGUCAGUUCGCUCAGAGUAAAAAGAUUAGGUUUAAGUUCUCUUGUGUAACACACUCUAAGAUUAAGAAGGCAAAUUAUGAAAAAAUCGAAAAG